CCGCCCCACAGCCACUUGGAGGACGAGCAUCCCCAGGAAGGGGCAAGGGGGACUCGGGCUGGAAGGAAUCGCCCCUUUUGGUGGUCGCCCCUCGGAGCGAGCUGCAGAGAUGGAGCCCAGAGGAGGAAGAGGAAGAGGAGGAAGAGCCCUUUGCUGCCUCUGGGCGACCCUCUUCCUCGCCCCGCCAAGGGCCUGAGCCCUGAAAGUGGAGGACACCCUGGUGGAGCUGGACUUCUUCCAGGAGAGCUUCCCUUCGGAGAAGAAGUCCGGGGAGUUCCUGCUGGAGUUUGACAACGAGGAGAUCCUGCACAUGGACUGGGAGAAGAAGCAGAAUGUCUGGAGGCUGCCGGACUUCCAGCGCUUCACCAGCUUCGAGGUGCAGGGCGCCCUGGCCAACAUCGCCGUCAUGAAGAACAACAUGGAGGUGCUCAUGAAGCGAAGCAACCGCACCCGUGCCCUGAACGUUGCUCCUUUGGCCACUGUGUACCCAGAAAAUGCCGUGGAACUGGGGGACCCCAACGUCCUCAUCUGCUUUGUGGACAGGUUCUCCCCCCCAGUGCUGAACGUCACCUGGCUGAAGAACAACGAGGAGGUCUCGGAGGGCGUGGAGGAGACAGACUUCUACCCCAGCGUGGACAACACUUUCCGCAAGUUCUCCUACCUCCCCUUCGUCCCUGAGCAGGGAGACAUCUACGUCUGCCAAGUGGAGCACUGGGGCAUCCCAGAGGGAAAGAUGGAGAAGACAUGGGUUUCCAAGGCGCCCUCUCCCAUCCCGAAGACAAUGGAGAACGUGCUGUGUGCCCUGGGCUUGGCCUUUGGCAUCCUGGGCAUAAUUGCUGGCACCAUCCUUUUCUUCAAGGCCAUGAGGAUGAAUGGUCGCAGGGGCCACAUAUAAUGGAGGAUUCCUUUCCUGACAGCCUCUUCUUUAAACCUUCUCAGCUCAGCUCCUUUGCCAAGAGUCUCUUCUGCUAUAAUUCAGCUGGAAGGAAUUGCUGCAAGCUUUUUUGGAUAAUUUAACUUUUGAGAACAAUUAUGAUAGCUCAAGAUGGACUUAUAUUACUUUUCUCACUUUUAUGUUUCCCUCUUAAGAAAGAAAUUGCUCUCAGACUGUUUAAGUAUACGGUUUGCUCACAUGAAAUGUCUUGCCAUGGUUCAAUAGUUACAGCUCCCUCUAUACAGGUUAUGUAAUUCGCUGGUGCCUUUGCUUCUGGAUGUCCAGUAAUCGUGGAUUUUAUAGAAUCAUAGAAUCCUAGAGUUGGGAGGGACCCCAAGGGUCAUCUAGC